GUACACACACUCACACACACAUCCAUACAUGUGUAAAAGUGUUUCUCAGCUCAGCAGGCAGCCUGCAGCCGUCAUGACCAGCAGGCCUCGGGUCACAGAGCGGUUUGACAGCAUCGGGAUCUUCCUCCUGCUGGAUUAAGACCUUUGGUUCAAUCAACAGAGGAAAGCACAGGCAGGAUCUCCCUCCCUGCCAGCGACAUCGACUCCAUCAUGGCCCAGGUCCAGGGGGUGCAGAAGAAGACCAGCACCAUGUCUCUGACCAUUUCCUCCUCCUCCUCUGCUGCAUCCUCCUCCCGGGAGCACACCUCCUGCUCCACCACAUCCGCCUCCUCCACGUUGAUCGCUCAGAGACACUCCAGCCUGGUGCAUCCGUUGUGUGUCAGCCCUCAGAGGACUCAGAGUCCUGUCUAUAAUCAGCAGUAUUCAGGGAAAGGAGUGGCGCCAACAUUUGUUAAGUGCCUCCAUGAUGUGUCCACAGUGAAGGGUCAGCUGGUGGUGCUGGAGUGUCGGCUCAGGGGGACCCCCCCACUGCAGGUCAUGUGGUACAGGGAGGACGAACAAAUACAGGACUCUGAUGAUUUUAGGAUAUUGCGCAAGAAAGGCAGCUCUGCAUCAGUGCCAGAGGAGCUGUGCACGCUGGUGAUUACAGAGGCUUUCCCUGAAGACUCGGGCAUCUUCAAAUGUGUGGUGUUAAACUCCUAUGGAACGGUUUCCUGCUCCGCUCUGCUGGAGGUUUAUGAUGACCUGGAGGAGCAGCAGGAGGCACUGUCUUUCAGUCAGGAAAAUGAGGCGGAGCAUCAUCAGGAAAAUACUUCCUACAGGAGAAACGAUGAAGAUUUUCCUCCUGAAUUACCUGACUGUGUGAACCUUCCUCCUCCAGAGUGGCCAGACGGUUCUUUAGAGGACAGCCUCCCUUCUGCAGAUCUCCCUGAGCCUGAAGCCUCAAACCGCUGCACAGAGGAGCCUUUAAUUCGUAGUGAGGAGGAAAGUGCUCUGAGCUCAGAGGGCCAGAGAUCUCCAGAGGUGCGGGUCCGUACGCCGAGCCCCCCUCCUCCACCCUCACCACCGGCGCAAGCCAAGGAGAAAACGCCAGCGGCCAAGCUGUUCACGCCCAGCAAGCUCAGCUUCACUUCCUCCCAGUCUGAAGGGAACAACAUGAACCUGUCAGACCUGCCCACCUUCACGCCCAGUGCCUUCCCUCCCAGUGCCUUCAAUUAUGAGCGACCGAGGCACUUCAUCCAGUCACAGCCGGCCUUUCAGGCCCCCAGCUAUGACAGUGUGCUGAGGGAAGCCCAGGAGAACCAGAACAACCAGCAGAACCUCAGCGGUACCCAGAACAGUGCUAAUGUGCUGGAGGUCCAGGGUCCCAUGAAAGCUAAUCAAGCUCAGUCCUUUUCUCAAGCCCAGGUGGUGUCAAAGUCUGUGUCCCAAACACAGUCCCAGUUUCAGUCUCUGAGUCUGGCUCAGAACCAAACCAGGUCCGUGGCCCACAUUCAGAACCAGUACCAGUCCAACGGAACCGCCAAGUCGUCUCCGUCUUCAUCCAGCCUCAACUCUCCUACGUGCACUCCGUCUUCCUCUGCUGCCCCUCCCUUUCCCACCAACACCCCCCUGAUCUCUCCCUCUGCCCCUCCCUCCUCCUCCUCCUCUUCAUCGCUGCCCCGCCCCACUGUGCGCUCCACCAUCACCCUCACCCCUAGGGUCCCCAGCGCCACCGGCCUCGGCAGUGCCAGUUUGCCCGCCAACCAGGACACCAUGUCAGCUUCUGCUGCCUAUCUCUGCUCCGUGCUGCCGUCCUCCUUCUCCUCCAAACUGUCCCCUAACCCCCCCGCCUCCCCGUUGGCCCCCUCCAGUCCGCUCCUUCCUACGAGGACACCUGCUCCCACAUCUACCCUUCCUCAGCCACCUCGCCCAGUUUCUCCCACUCUCCAUCGCUCUCCCGUUUCCCCCUCCCACCCACAGCCAACCGCUCCAACCAAUCAGAACAGUGUUCCACCUGCCGUCGUUUCCCUGCCCGCCAGCUACAAGGCGACGCCCAACACCCUUCCUAAACCUAUUUUAAAGAAAUCUGUUGUACCUCGGCCUUCUUCGGCCCGAUCUACAGAUGAAGACAUCCAGGGAUCAAAGGAUGCCUUAAUUCAGGAUCUUGAGAAGAAGCUUCGCUCCAAAGAAGCCAGGAGACGACACAGCCAGAAAUUGUCCUAUGAAGAACGAAUGGCUCGCAGGCUUUUGGGUCCAGACAACGCUACCUACAUGCUGGACCAAGACAAUCUCUCUGAUUUACAACUUGACCAGUCAGACUCUCCAGAAGGAAGACGCACCGGUGGACUGUGGGGGAAGCAUCACUCUGGGACGGAUGAAAGGAGUAACGAGGGAUCAGCCAUACAGGAGAAAUGUUUUGCUCCUCGCUUCCUUCAGAUCCCCCCAGAUCUCACAGUGGAGGAGGGACGCUUCUGCAGGGUCGACUUCAAGGUCCGAGGCCUCCCGGCGCCAGAUAUCUCCUGGUACUUGGACGGCAAAGCGAUCCGUCCAGACGAUUACCACAAGAUGCUGGUGUGUGAGAAGGGAAUGCACUCCUUCAUCAUAGAGAUCGUCACGGUGCAUCACGCCGGCGUGUACGAGUGCGUGGCCAAGAACCGGGCUGGAGAGAGCCGGUUUACCAUGAGGCUGGAUGUCAUAGCUCAGGAAGCUCUGCGCCCCCCCGCCUUCGUCCAGAAGAUGCUGAACACCAGAGCUCUUGAAGGUGACACGGUGCGGUUGGAAUGUAAAGUCGAUGCUUCUCCUCCACCGCAGCUCUUCUGGAAGAAGGACAAAGACAUGCUGCGCAUCGACCCCAACAGAAUGAGUCUGUACCAGGACGGUUCGGGUCGGCAGUGUUUGCUCAUAGACAGAGUAACCAAGUCCGACUCUGGUUGGUACACGCUGUCUGCCAUCAAUGAAGCUGGCCUGUCCACAUGCAACGCCAGGCUGGACGUCGGCACUCGCACAACCCCGGCCAUGAAAACGGCCCCUCCGGCCUCCAAGACCCUGAAGCUGCUGUCCUCUCUGAGCCACGCCCCCGCGCUGACGGUGGAGAGCCCUGCUCAGCACACGGCCCCGCUGUACGAGAGCGAAGAGCUGUAGAAACCGAACGCCGCCUCCUCCGUUUACCUUCAGUCAGACCUGAACAACUGGACUGGAAGCCUCUGUAACCGUUGUUGUGUAAACAUACAAAUGAGCUCGGAUAUAUACAUAUAUAUAUAUUUUUAGCAUCACAGAAGCUUAGCUGGAGAAAUGGUGUGCAUACUGCAGGGGAUUAUUUUCAAUAAGCUAUUUCUGAGCUCAGUGCAUCAGAGGUUUAAUGAUAUCCAGAUAUUUUGAGGUUAAUAGGCUGAUAUUGGAGACUGCUCUUUGCUGCUGAACUCAGCUUUUAGUUUGAGCCUGUGUGUCUGUCCCGCCUGCAGCCUCUGGGCUGUAGAUUUAGAAUUAGAUGUCUGCCACCCAGUGGCCAUCCACGGUACUGCUUUCCUAAACGCUGUGUUUCCCAAACCA